AUAUAUUAACAUGUAAAUUCCAAAUAAAAAUUAAUUUAAAACCCUCAAAUUCCUGACCUUGACUCAAUCUCUGUAUUCUUUUGGAGAAGAGCAUCUUUAUCUUCUUAAUCCCAGUCUCUCUCAUAUUAUUAUGCUAUUUCGAAUCUUGAAUAAAGCUUUUAUACUUUUUCUUCUUUAAGUUGAAGAAUGUGUUCUAAAGGAAAAACAUUAUAUUAGAUUGAGAUUUCUUGAAACCCCUUGCAGGUCAUGGAUCUUCAAAUCAUACCUGGUCACCAAUUAUGACAACAGAUACAACAACUCUGAGUUAUUGGCUGAACUGGAGAUUCUUAAUAUGUGCAAUAUUGAUAUUAGCAGCUAUGGUGGUAUCACUUCUCCUUAUAUGGAAGUAUGAUUGUUCUUCAAAGUACCGAAAAGAAAAUGGGCAAAAGAAAGCAACAUUUCUGUGCAAAGAUGAUGUUUGGAAGACAUGUUAUAAAGCAAUCCAUCCUAACUGGCUGCUUGCUUAUAGACUAAUUGCUUUCUCCAUACUUCUGUCUUUACUCACUGCAGAUGUAGUUCUCCACGGCGUACGCAUACUUUAUUUCUAUACUCAGUGGACAUUCACCUUGGUUACGGUCUACUUUUUGCUAGGAUCUUCACUGUCCAUCCGUGGCUGUCUCCAACCUUGCAACGGAGGUAGUGGUGCUAGCACUGGUGGUGUUGAUACAGAGAGAGGCACUUACAUUGCUCCAGUUCCUGAAAAUUCAAGCGUACUUAUUGAAUCCAAUGGCUUGAAUUCCCAUGGAGAGCCACAUGAUCAUUGGGGACUUGCCUUGCAAAUAAUCUUUCAGAUGACUGCAGGUGCCAUUGUGCUUACAGAUUGUGUUUUUUGGCUCGUUAUAUAUCCGUUCCUUACUGACAAAAACUACAAAUUGCACUUCCUGGCUGUUUGUAUGCAUUCUGUCAAUGCUAUUUGCCUUCUAGGUGAUGUGUUUCUAAAUCGGCUACGGUUCCCUUUCUUCCGGUUAGCAUAUUUUGUACUUUGGACAUGCGUAUUUGUCAUUUUCCAGUGGAUCCUCCACAUGUUUGUCUCGUUGAGGUGGCCGUAUCCCUUUCUAGACUUGUCAUCUCAAUAUGCUCCCCUUUGGUACUUUGCUGUUGGUAUUCUCCAUCUGCCUUGCUAUGGAAUCUUUGCCAUACUGAUUAGAACAAAGACUUGUUGUUUAUCCAGAUUGUUUGUUUCAUAGCCCCGAUCGAGAUGUGAGUCAUGUUGGAGAUGGUGAAUGAGUUCAAACUCCAUUAAGCAGCCCAGUAUUACACGAAAUUGUAUUUUUAUUUAUUUUUAGUGGACUGAAAUAAAUCAGUAGGCUAAAAAUAUGAAAUGUUAUUUUAUUUACUAGUAAGCUGGUGUCAUUGUAUUUA